GUUUUUCACUUGUGUUCCACAGUACCAAACCUGUUUUGAUUGGUUUUUUGAAUUAUUAAUACGUGACAAAUUCUAUUAGUGACGGAUCUUGACUGAUCUUGAAGCUAAUUGUUUGAGUCUGCCGCCAUGCCGCUAUGCAAUUUUAUGGAAUACUUGUUUCGAUGAAAUUUAUUGUGUUUUAUUUCCUUACCCCACUGCAAAGCCUGUUUUGAUUUAAUAUUAAUUUAAUCGGAACUUGUCAGAGAUAGAUCUAGAGUCUAGAUUUUAGACUCUGCAAGGCUUGAAAUUAAUUUAUACAGACUUCCUUGAGCUCUUCCUAUUUUUGGAAUAUUUUAUGAGAAAUACUAUUAUUAUGAACAACUAUUUACACUCAUAUAAAUUUAUUAUGAAAGAUCUUUAAAUGUCUGCCCGGUGUUUGCGUUUGAUCAUAUGUUAGCAAAUGUUCAAUUUUUUCAAUCAUUUUUACAUUUUUCUUAAUUUGAAGCUUCGUUAAUUUCGCACUAGAUUCUCUCUCUAAUGUUUAUAAUAACAAAGAUGUUGUAAAUUUGUGUGUUACUUAUUUUCUUGAAGGAUCAUACUUCUUUAUUGCUGAGCUCCUUAAUUGCGGACUAACAAACGAAAUAUUUUUCCAGAUCGGUUUGUUAACUACCUCUGAUUUUACCUCGAAGGACGUGGUGACAGCGUUAUCGUUCACUUGCCCUAUGUUGUUGUUCUUUUCACGAUACGUUGGUUUUAUCCACAGUUUUCCAGUCAUAAAAUUUGUCUAUAAUAGCAUACAAACUGAUUACGAUACGCUGAAACAACCGGUUGAAAGGAAGAUAUUAAUGGAGCAUAUCGAUCUCUCAAAACGUACUGUCCUCAUCUUCUUACGGGCGUGUUGCUUAGGAAUCGUUAGCAUUGUGUCACUGUUAUCCUUCCCAAUAGUGUUCAACAUCCUGUUACCCCAGAAAGAAUCGCGAAACAGGUACCUAAAACUCCUAGGAUUCAUCGUUAAUCAGGACAAGUAUGUCGAUUUGGUAACCCUGCACGUCAUACUGACGACUGGGAUUGGAUUGUUGGUGAUAACGUGCACCGAAUCGACGCUCUCCGUUUGCGCGUACUACAUAUGCGGACUGUUUCAAAUUACUGGUUAUCGCGUACGAAGCACGAUUGCAGACGCAGCCAAAUGGGUCGACGUUUCAGAGGGUGGCGUGUCGGAUUACAGUGGCAUUCGUGAGGCUGUAACAGUACACAAAAAAUGUAUUAAGAUUAUCAACGAACUAGUGACGAAGAUGAUGGUGUCUUAUUUAGUAGCGAUUCUACUGGUUGUAAUGUCGUUCGGUGUAAACCUAUACCAUUGUUUUCUAGGGUACGUGGAAAUGGGUGAUCCACAAGAACUUGUUCUUUCCACCGUAAUAGUGUCCAUCCAUGUAGUAAUCAUGUUCUUGAAUAAUCUUAGUGGACAGCUUCUAAUCGACAAUAGUCGGUGCGUCUUUUACGAAACAUACAAUUCCAUGUGGUAUCGUACUCCACCGAGUAUGCAGAAACUGGUCUUGAUGAUACUGCAUCGUAGUUCGAUCGAUUCUGCGUUUAACCUUUCCAAUUUAUUUAUUCCAUGCUUCGAAGGCUUUUCGGCGAUGUUGAGCACGUCGUUUUCGUACUUUACUAUGCUAUAUUCGACUCAGCCGAGAGGUUAGAUCUAAUCAUCUUCCUUUGAACGAUAGACCUUCAUUCGUAUGAUAAACUGUAGU